AAUCACAAAAACACCCCAAAUGUAUUCUAAACCAAUCAAUGUUUCAAUCUUUUCACAACACACGAUUUGUUGAAAUCAAAAAAGAUCUCGACUUUGUUCAUCAUCUCAUCCUCUCUGACUCUCUCGGAGUUCAUCAGCAUCCGAUGAAACUCCUUCCAAGUCCAGUAACCUUCCCCUUCUUCACACCCUUAAAUUCAAAGCCUUUCUUCAUCAAACCCACCAAACUCUCACUCUCCGUCUCCGUCUCUGUCCAGACUCCUCCGCCGGACUUCGAUUUCCGCAACGAGAUUGCGUCGGACUCACGAGCCGCAAUCGCUAAAACUUCCCCGGAGUUGCUUGACCUCGCUGAUAACGGGACUUUGGUUCUGGUCCAGAAACAGAGCUUUGGCCCUGUUCCAUCUUGGCGCAAGGAGUUCGUUGAGCCGGAAGCGAUUUGGCUUGUGGGUACUUCUCAUAUCUCGUCGGAGUCUGCUUCCGUCGUUGAACGCGUCGUUCGUACUUUGAAACCUGAUAAUGUCGCCGUCGAGCUCUGUCGUAGCAGAGCUGGGAUUAUGUAUACUUCGAGUGUUGGAGGAGAGGCUGACAAAGAUUUGAAAUCCGGAGUGUUGUCGUUGACUGGAACAGGCUUUCUUGGUGCUGUUUGCCGGAGCUUAGACUUGGGAGGUCAAACUGCGUUGGCCUUGCGGCUUCUCUUGGCGGUUUUCUCUUCUAAGUUAUCUUCUGUUGCUGACCGACCUUUUGGGGAUGAGUUUCGUGCUGCUCGGAAAGCUUCUGAGGAAGUUGGUGCACAGCUGGUUCUUGGAGACAGACCCAUCGAAAUCACACUCGAAAGGGCUUGGAACUCACUGAAAUGGGGAGAGAAGUAUAAUCUGGUGAUGGCUGUGACUCGGGCAAUCACAUCUUCAUCCAGUAUAUCCGCAGCUGAGCUUAAGGUUUUUGCUUUAUUUUCCCCAACUCGGGUUUAGUUAAACUUUGAAGAAUAU